AAAGUCUUUUGCUCAGAAACAUUGGCAUUAUGUGUAGAACAUUGUCACAAAGAGGAUUUCUAAAUUUCAUUCGCAUUUUUCUGGGAUUUUCAUUUUAUAGAUUGACAACACUAAAGAAUGACUUCUAUCUUCAUGUUUACCUGCUUUGUGAUGUGUGUUGUAUGUGGGACUGUUUGUUCGUUACCAUGUCUCACAGUCAAAUCAAAGCAAGAUUUUAACAAAGCCAGAGAUGCAUUAAAAAGCCUUGAAGAUUUCCUGAAAAACCAAGCAACUUCUAUAAACUCUAAAAUAGAGGCUUUAGACAAGGAUAUGACAUCGAUGGAAGAGGAUUUCAAACGGAGACAAUGGAUAAAGUACAACAACCACUGUUAUUACUUUGGAGAUGACAACGUUAUAUGGACUGAUGCAGAGAGAAAAUGCAGAGAAAUUGGUGGAUACUUAGUGAAGAUUGAUGAUUCCUCAGAAAACAGUUGGAUACAACAGCAAAUUAGUAAGGACAUUAGUAUGUAG